UUUUAAAAGCCGCUCACAGCUGCUCUGGGGGGCGGAGUGUCCGCAAAGUGCUGCGCCGAUUGGGGCGCUCGAUCAGGGGAAGAGAGAUGGCGUGCUUGUUGGAGGCCCCUCUCCGCAUCAGUGUGCUAUCUGAAGUCACUGCCACGAGUCGCCAUUAUGUUGACAGACUGUUUGACCCCGACCCACAGAAAGUACUGCAGGGCGUCAUUGACAUGAAGAAUGCCGUUAUAGGAAACAACAAGCAAAAGGCCAAUCUGAUCGUCCUCGGAGCCGUGCCGAGGUUACUGUACCUGCUCCAGCAGAGCUCAUCCAGUCUGGAGCUGAGGACAGAGUGUGCCGUGGUGCUGGGCAGCCUGGCCAUGGGCACUGAGAACAACAUCAAGUCCCUGGUGGACUGUCACAUCAUCCCUGCCCUUCUUCAAGGUCUCCUCUGUCCAGACCUGAUCUUCAUUGAAGCUUGUCUUCGAUGUCUCAGAACGGUCUUCAUCAGUCCGGUCACCCCUGUGCAGCUGCUCUACACUGAUCCCACUGUGAUUCCUCAUCUAAUGUCUCUACUAAGUCGCUCACAGAGAACCCAGGAGUAUAUCACGCAGAUUUUCUCCCACUGUUGUAAGACCCCUGAGCAUCAGACGGUUCUUUUCAACCAUGGCGCCAUCCAAAAUAUCGCUCCCCUACUUAUUUCCCCUUCUUAUAAGGUCCGGAUGCAGGCAUUAAAGUGUUUCUCAGUCCUGGCCUACGAGAACACUCAGGUCUCCAUGACACUGGUGAAUGUGCUAGUGGAUGGCGAGCUGCUCUCUCAGGUAUUUGUUAAAAUGAUGCAAAGGGAUCAACCCAUCGAAAUGCAGCUAACAGCAGCCAAAUGUCUAACGUACAUGUGUCGAGCAGGUGCCAUCAGGACAGAUGACAGCUGCAUAGUCCUAAAGACGCUGCCGUGCCUCGUGCGGAUGUGCAGUAAAGAGCACCUUCUAGAGGAGAGGGUGGAGGGUGCAGAAACGUUGGCCUACCUGAUGGAGCCCGAUGUGGAGCUGCAGAGGAUCGCAAGCACUACAGACCAUCUGGUGGCCAUGUUGGCAGACUACUUCAAAUAUCCAAGCUCUGUGUCGGCCAUCACUGACAUCAAAAGGCUGGACUAUGACCUGAAGCACGCACACGAGCUGAGGCAAGCUGCUUUCAAACUUUACGCCUCCCUGGGCUCUAACGAUGAAGAUAUCAGAAAGAAGAUUACAGAGACGGAGAAUAUGAUGGACAGGAUAGUCAGCGGUUUGUCAGAAUCCAGCAUUAAAGUCCGUUUGGCGGCUGUCAGGUGUCUCCACAGUCUCUCGCGGUCGGUGCAGCAGCUGAGGACCAGCUUCCAUGACCAUGCGGUGUGGAAGCCUCUCAUGAAGCUGCUGCAGAACGCUCCUGAUGAAGUUCUGGUCAUGGCUUCUUCUACACUAUGCAAUUUACUGCUGGAGUUCUCACCCAGCAAAGAGCCCAUCCUGGAGUCCGGGGUGAUUGAGUUACUAUGCAGUCUCACACAAAGUGACAGUCCGGCUCUGAGGGUCAACGGGAUCUGGGCCCUGAUGAACAUGGCGUUUCAGGCCGAUCAGAAGGUGAAGGUGGAGAUUGUUCGCUGUUUGGGUACAGAACAGUUGUUCCGCCUGCUGUCAGACCCUGACACUAACGUGCUCAUGAAGACGCUCGGCUUACUGCGAAAUCUUCUGUCAACACGCCCUCACAUCGACCAGAUCAUGAGCUCUCAUGGAAAGCAGAUCAUGCAGGCGGUGACCCUCAUCCUGGAGGCAGAGCACAGUAUAGAGGUCAAAGAGCAGACGCUGUGCAUCCUCGCCAACAUCGCAGACGGCAACACCGCAAAGGAACUCAUUAUGACCAAUGACGACAUGCUCCAAAAAAUCAAAUACUACAUGGGGCAUUCGAAUGUGAAACUGCAGCUCGCUGCCACCUUCUGCAUCUCUAACCUAAUCUGGAACGAGGAGGACGGUUCUCAGGAGCGUCAGGACAAGCUGAGGGAGAUGGGCUUUGUGGACAUCCUGCACAAACUCACCCAGGCCCCAGACCCCAACCUCAGCGACAGGGCGAAGACAGCGAUGCAGCAGUACCUAGCGUGACGAUGGAGGACGGCGAUCCUCAACUGCCAGCCUCACUAACAAUCGUGGGGAGGACUCCUGCUGUUGGUCCUUUUGUUUCUUGUUUUGUUGCACAAAGACACCUUUUCUUUUGUUUUCUUCGGACCUGUGGCUGGCCUCCCUUCACUUCCCUUCCACCUCCGACUACCACCACCUCAACAGUUAUGCUCACUCCAGUCCUCCACCUCGGAGACUCUGAGACCAUGGUCGUUGGGAAAUCAACGGUUAGGAGGGGUUGUCUUCUUUUUUUUUUUUUUUUUUUUUUUUUUUCUUUUCAACAAUGAAGUGAUUUUCCUUUGGGGCGUUGUGAUUUGCAAUCUUUUUGUUUAUUCCUUUAUUUUUGGAGUGCAGCAGCUUGACAACAGAGCUCCAUUGUUUUGGUGCUUUUUGGACUCCUGUUGGAGGAGAUUCUGGUCUCAGAGGACCGGACUACGAGGUUUGACACACAAGCAGGGCUGUUGGACGGUUCCCACUUUUAUUUUUUUAAUUCUUAAUUAAUAUUACUAUUAAUAUUUCCUUAAGGCAUUGCAAGUAAGGACACAUUUGGAGAAAAAAGCAGACUGCCUAUUUUGAAAUUUUGGGUGUUUCUUUUUUGUGGAUACAUACCUCGUAAAUAUAUAAAUAUAUAUAAAUAUAAACAUAAAUAUAUAUUUUUGGAUUCUUAUUUUUCCCCUUGAACCUCUGUUUGUUUCAUUCACUCUCUCUGAACCAUGUUUCUCUGCACAGUGAGGAGAAACCACCACUGUCUGAUUCAUGGUCUAUGGAGGUGAAUUAGGAUAAGAAAUGUAAGUCGCCUUAAAGCCCAGUUCAGAUGAGAUUCAAGACAAACCAGGCAGUUUUAGAGUGUUACAGCUGUGUGAAAUGAGAAGUUGCAGCUCAAAGCCAAUGUGUCUGGCCGUUCUUCGAGUUUUUCAAAACGCGAUCGUCUGGUUUUUAAAUCAUGUAGACAAUUAAAUCAUGUAAAAUCAUGUGUUUCAACACCUCAAAGCCCAGAGAGGAAGUCAGUUGGGCACAUCAGUUGCGUUACAGUUAGUAUCAUAAGCUAAAGUAGAUGUUUAUUAAUGUUAUCAGCUCACCAAUUGCCAAAAAAUACAUUUUUUUUCAUCAGCUGUUCCCUCUGGGAAAUAUAGUUUCAGUAGUUAGGGUUUGCUCUGUUAGAGGCACCACCAGUUCCUCUAUUCAACUAAACAGCUCAAUAGGUAACCAGGAGAAAUUGACAAAAGAUGGGAUAUUUCCGGCCACUUUAUAAAUCAACAUUAGCCCCCUGAGUAUUCAGUUGAAGCACCCAUGGAUCGCUCCAAAGCUUCAUCUCUUUUCAAACAAACAUUUUUUUAAAAGCCUUUAGUCCCUUAACCUGAUAGACUGUUUCAUAUCUCCAUUGCAUGGGUAUAUUUUACAUUCAUAUGGGAUAGCUCCCAUAGAACGCGUCUGUGGAGGGCAGGACUUUCCAAAAAAAAAUCUGAUUGGACAAACCUUUGCUUGACAGGCAAAUGCUUCCAUAGCUUCUGAACAGUGGAGCUUAAUGUGGAUAAAACUGAUGCCGUGGCCAGCCAGAGUCUUCUCUGCAUAGAGAAGCCUACAGUGUGGCUCUUAGCUCUUGUGGCGCAAUUCUGAUAAAACUGCCCCCUUUUUACAGCUACAUCUGAGCGGAUCACUUCAUCACUAGCAGCAGUUAUGCACACUAGCUUGCAGAAUGAAAACAAAAUCAUCUUUUCCUUUAUGAAAAACUUUCAGUGCUUUUUGGUAAAUCGGCCACUAUACUUUAGCCAUAUCCGAGCUAAGAGCAGCAAUGUUGCCAGCCAUUGCUAAGGGCUUUGAGUAGAUUGAUGGUUUAAAUGAUUGCUGCACAGCUACACCAGUGUGGUCUGAAACCAUAACUUAGAGCUGGGAGACAGCUUCAAGGUGCUUAUUCUGUCAAAUGCACUGUUAAACUCUGUUAUGCAUUAAGAAUAAUGCAUGAGUGCAUGUACAAAAUGACUCCCUAAUGUCCAAUAAUCAUGGUUAAUGUAACAUUUUAUUGCCUUUUUUGGCGAUGUCCUCAUUCAUAUCAUACACUACAAGUUGUAUGCAGCUACAAGACAGGCAUGAAAGCUGAGGUGGACGCACAGAGAGUAGUUGAUAUGGAAACACAACAUUGUCUCCAGUUGCAGCAACAUGAGCUGACAAGCUUUUAACUUUCACGUCAUCUUGUUGUGAAUCUUUGGUCUGAACUUGGCUUUAGGUCUUUGCUUUCCUCACCGUUGUGGUUCUGCGUGCACUGGAGCCUUCACUUCACUCCUGUCUGACUUCCUUAUGAUCCCAAUGGGAAAAUGUUGUUCCAGAGCGCUGCCUCUGACCUGCCCGGUUACUAAUGAACAGGCAUGAGAACAAGGAGAUAAGAGGAUGCAUGUGUCCUCACAGCUCAUUUAAUAAUGUCUGAUGCUGUUCCUGCACUCUCUGCAGCCCCCUCCUCUGCCUCUGUAGAGCUGGGCCAUAUGGAUAAACAUUCAGAUCUCUUUUUGUCACCAUAUAUUUAUAUCUUGAUAUUUAUUUUCUGUAAAUGAUUGUCACAAUACCAGAAUUACAAACUUUGAUGAUUCUAGCAAAAUUUAAACUGUAUUAAAAACCUGUUUGGUUUGGCAACAAAAACAGAAGUCCUGAGAUGUUUUUAAAAAUCAAGAAUUUCAUGUAAACUCCUUCAAACUGUCUAAAUUGCACAAAACUUUAUCAACAUAUCCAUGAAUGGAAGUUGUCAAAAUUUUCUGACAGGGGAUUUCCUCAGGGUUCACAGCGCUUUUACCAUGCCAUAGUUUCACCUUGACCAAUGGUGUGCACCCUGGUUUGCUGGGUCCUGGGGCGCAGUACAAUUUAUACAGCAGUAAAGAGAACAACAAACAGCAUGCUAAUUUGCCAGUCUGGGGAUGAUUUCCUUCCUGUUUUGACGUAAUGUUGAUUUAGUGAUGAGAAAAACAAUCGACAGUCUGUACCUGGUGUUUUAAUUUGAAAAUUACCAGGUGCUUAGUGCUUUUUGUGUUGAUCUGCUCUGUUCAAAUUGAUGCAUGUUGGCAGUCAAGGCCACCCAUAAGGGGUAAAAAGGGUAAAGCUGUCUGGGACCCACAAAGACAUGGUCCAUCCUACAUUUAAGACACAAUAACCUUUAAUUUUAAACUAAAAUGCCCACAGAUACUUACCAAAGCACCAAAAAAACGCACAUUUUAGUUGCUGUGCCUGUUUCAAAAUGUAAAUCCCUUCUUAAAGGUCACAUAUUUUACCCCUUUAAGAAGAGUUUAUAUUGGUCUCAGAGGUCCCAAAAACAUGCCUGUGAAGUUUGUUGCUGAUAAAAC